GCUGACUGUCAGGGAGUGCUGCUGUCCAGCUGGGCGUUUCUGAGAUGACGCACCGGUUUCUGUUCCUGUGAUUGCUGCUCAAACUGGACGAAAGUAUAUUUAGUUUGACUGCAUCUGUUGCUGUAGUUUGCGUCCAUAGUUAUAAUCUAAGCAGAGUGUUGGAGCUUCUUCAGACAGUGUUAUAUGGGAGGUUUUCGGCCCGGAUUCAUUCUUUAUGGCUUCUUUUAAUGUCCGAGCAGACGGCAUGUAUGGCUUUAAAAACGACGUUACAGACAAUCUGGAGCAAGGCAAUGAACUUCAUAUCGGGUUUUCUAAUCUGGAAAAUGACCUUCGAGGAAGUGGCGACAACACAGACCUUCCUGAGGAUUACAGUCGUCUAGAUUUGUCUUCAGCUCUGAAACGCACCAAACGUGAGCAGGCGUGGGAUUUGCUGAGUCCUUCAUUAGACCAACACUCUUGCCCUGAACCUCAAGAGGAUGAUUCAUCUUUACCUGAGGAGGAGAAUCUGGAAGAAGGGGAAGCAAGUUCAGAUGAGGAAUUUCAGAGUGUGACAUUCCAGUCAAAGUACAUCAGUAUUUUCCCUUUGUAUCAGGACUACUCCUUGCAGGCUAUCGGAGACGAGAUUCACAAACUCAAAGAUGGGCUUUUGUCAGACCUGGGCAAAUCUGAGUCCUUCUAUGGUCUCUUUUCACAUUUGAGGGCUAGCAACCAUUUAGAGGGCGAGUCUCCUGUUCUGACCCCUGGCUCGACCUCACCUACAUCUCCAACUUUUUUUCACGGCCGGCGGUCUGCUUUGAGACGCCACAGCCACUUUGGAGUAGUAUCCCCUCAUCAGUCUGCUGAUUCGAUCUCAACUGAGUCUUGUUCCCAGGGACGAGCUUCUACCUUAAGCUUCGGAAAGCGUUUGGAGUUUGAGGCUCCAUCCCCAACUCAACCACCCAGUAUUAGGUUGACUUCUUGCACACUCUGGCAAGACUUGGAAGAGGUGAAAGCUUCUGGUCUGCCCAACAUCUUGACACCCAAAGAGAUUGGCCUUCAGGAGUCCAUGUUUGAGCUGAUCGGCUCUGAAGUGUCUUACUUGAAGAGUCUCGGCGUUCUCGUCAACCAUUUCUACGCAUCGAAGGUGCUGAAGAAGACGAUGUCCACAAUGGAGCAUCAUACUUUGUUUUACAACAUCCGACGUGUGAUGGAAGCAAAUACAAAAUUCCUUCUGGAUCUGGAAGCUCGACUGGGAGAAAGCCUGAUCAUAUUUCAAGUUGGUGACAUUGUGCUGCAACACUGUGGAAACUUUAAGCAGUACUACGUCCCAUAUGUGACCAAUAUGACGUACCAGGAGUCGCUUGUCAACCAGCUGAUGCAGCAAAACAGAAACUUUGUGUAUGCUCUGAAGAAGCUUGAAAGGGACCCGGUCUGUCAAAAACAAGGACUGAAAUCAUUCCUGAUUCUCCCAUUUCAGAGAAUAACGCGUAUGAAACUUCUACUGGAGAACAUCUUAAAAUUGACCGAGCCAGACUCUGAAGCAGCUUCAAAUCUCUCAAAGGCCAUAAAAGGCAUCCAUGAGAUUGUGUUGGAGUGUGACCAGAAAGUGGAAAAGAUGAAACGCUUGGAGGAACUGAUCCGCCUGGAAACGCUGAUGGACUUUGGUGACAUUAAGUUGGUUCCUCUGGUGAAAAGCACACGCUUCCUGGUCCUCCACGGACCCCUGGACACUGUGGUGACCUAUGGGUCAAAACUAUCGACAGUCAGGAUCUACCUCCACCUCUUCAAUGACCUCUUGAUCAUCUCCUCAAAAAAGUAUGAACGCUUCGCUGUGCUGGAUUAUGCCAUCUUCCCUGAACAUGUGACUGUGUUGGCGAAUAAAAUUCUGGGACUUCCUGUGGAUUCUUUCAUAUUAAAUUUGUCUCAGAGUCAGAUGGGACCGCCGACUGCCAUUAUAUUGAUUGCAAGUAAAAGCUUUGAGAAAGAAGUAUGGAUAAAAGCACUUUCUAACAAGUGAUGGCUGGAUUUGGAUCAUUUUUUAAAUGGGGGGUGGGAUGCAUCUUGGUUU